AUGUCUGAAACACCAAUCAUUUACCGUGAGUGCCUUUUGAAACAUUUCCCAACUACAGUUAAGACAGAGUACAAUCCAGUUGACUUCAUAAUAGGGUUUGCUAGUGAGAACUAUAACUCAAGUGGAGGAGGCACAGGAUAUUUCCAACCAACCUGGAACCUUGAUACUUUCAGUCCUGAAAAGGUGAAAGGACUGAAGGAAAUAUAUGGAGCAAGAGUAAGGUGGGUGAUAAGCAUCGGAGGGGUGGGAACUGAUUAUCCAUUCAAUCCUAUUGACAAAUUUGCGUGGGUUGUAGCUGCCGUGAACUCCAUCAAAGAGAUCAUCCAAAUCUAUGACGACGACAAUCAUAAAAACCUGAUUGAUGGUAUUGAAAUUCACUAUGAGGCUAUCAAAGGGAGCGACGUUGACUUUUCCAGCUGUAUUGGACAUGUUAUAAUAUUACUCAAAGAGGAUCCUGAUCUAAGCAUUAAGGUGGUGUCCAUUGCUCCAACCGAAGACACCCAAUCAUACUACCAAACAUUGUAUCAUGGAAACCCAAAGUCUAUUGACUUUGUUGAUUACUUGUUCACCAAUCACACAUUUUCUUCGGAUGAAGACGUUGUAAAACUUUAUAAAAAAACUAGUUGCUGA